AUGGCUUGUACGCCUGCCCCAGCCCCAGUCUGCGGUGAGUGUCCGACGCACUUCUGGUCCCGCUGGGUGGACAAGCAGAAUGAGUGCAUCUACGCGGAGCCAAGCCAGGCACUGGGGGAUUGCAGCCACGCUGCUCGGCCUCCCAGCAGGGGCCAGACGUUCUCGACGUUGAAGAGUGGCGCUCACUGUCAUUCAUUGUUAGGCAGACCGCUCGCCGCUGCGGACCACUCCGGAUUCUUGUUCCGCCAACUGCUGACGGCAGCCAUUGCGAGUGAAGAUGCGAACACUGAGAUUGAAGGGGAGGACUACGAGCUCGCGCCAUUGGAUGUCCCCUAUGCGCAGCCAGCGCCGCGUCUUGAACCGCCCUUCUCGCUUAGCAGCGCCGCACCAUCGAAACCUGCGGCGUCCUCAGCAGGAUACGUAGAGCACGACAACACUGCAUGUGCGGCUGGAACGCAGCUCGCAGGUCUGCAGUCGAUCGAACGACAGCGAAGAAAAGCCCAGGCAAAAGACAAACGGAGGCGACGACGAACGGAGAGCGCAUCACCGUAUGGCUCGGUACAGAGGCCGCGGCUGCCGCUCCUCAACACUCACCUGAAGGACGGCCUUUCAAUUGGUACGAACCUUGCCGCUGAAGGCCUACCACACACCAGCGGUGCGUACACCGGGGGCAGGGAGUCACGCGCCUCACGGCGACAAUAUGAGCUGGAUGACUUAGUUGGCGAAGGGUCACACUUUGGCUUUGAACUAGUCCGCUGGGAUGGAAGGACUACUCGACCUAUCACAGACGAGUCCGGACGAGUCAUUGCCGUCCUCUGCGGCGCCCCUAACGACCCGGCCUGGACUGGCGUGCACAGGGAUGCCGCGGCUGCUAUCUCGGAGGCUCGCUUGAGGCUAUCCUUUGCGUCGAAGGACGUGGUCCAUCGUCGCGGAGACUUCCCAGCCCUGGCUGUGGGUGUAUCAUACGGUGGGGGGCAGAAGCAGCCGGCGAACCUCGUUCAUUCAAGCGCCAAUGAGACAGUUCUCGGUUCUCUGUUAGCUAAUCAACAUGUCCAGCGCAUCGCUUCAUUCGGAUCGAACGUCUUUCGCACCUGGGCGCCGCGCCUAUUCAACUACUACGCCUCGCACAUGAAGGAUCUCCUUGGUCGCCACUCGCACCUCAAGCCUAUUUUCCUAACAGUGUUUUCGCGGUCUACCGCGCUCAUCCCUUCUGCGACCCUUCGCCAUUCCAAUACCAGAAUCAAGGCUAAUGAGACGCGCUAUUCCUUCACUCAGUACACCGCUGGUGGGAUCUUUCGGUGGGUCGAUCAGGGAUUUCAGCCCUCAACCGCAUAUUACUCGAGUCUAGACGGCGACGCGAGAUCUACUUUCCCCCAGCGUGCUGCAGCUCGAUGGCUUGAAGGCGUCUCGCUAUAUUCAACUAUGGAGGAACUGCGGGCGGAGGUUGCAUGCGCAUAA